AUGAUCCUGGCAAUUAUGGUCCUUGUUUAUCGAUUGUGUGUAUUUAGUAAUUUGGUGAAUGGGGAUAAUUUCUCUGGAAAUUGGGUAACUGUUGGAGCGUUGACUGAGAAGGGGAUUCAUAAAACAAGUUCAAAUGGGAAGAGCUUUUGUAUAUGGAAAAUUGGGUGUUUGGAUGAAAAUGUUGUUCCUAUUUUCUUGCUUGGAAAUGCUUAUCAGAGGAAUUGCCAAGAGCAGGCAGGAACUGUCUUUGCAUUCUUCGACUAUGGUGUUCGCAAGAAUGCCAAGGGUAAUGGUUUUUCUUUGAGUAUAUACUCCCCUAACCAAAUUGUGAAAAUGGGCACCUCUGUAGAUUACUGGAACGUGUAUAUAUUAUAG